AUGGCCACACCAAACGUAGAAUCGCAACAGUCGGCCGUCACUGAACCUGCCAUCCACGAUGAAGAGAGCCGACUACUGCCCCAAUCCGAUCCAACACAGCCCAAAGUCAAGGUCCUGACUAGCAUCGGAACGAUCAUCGCCAUUCUAUUGUUGGGAGAAUUCAUCAGCAAUGCGGAUGCUACACUAGUGAUGGCAGCGGCCGCUAAAGUUAGCUCGGAAUUCAAUCGAUUGAGCGAUGCGAGUUGGCUUUCAACUGGAUACACACUGGGUGUUUGCGCUGCACAGCCUAUGUAUGGGAAAUUGAGCGACAUCUACGGUCGGCGACCACUGCUGCUGGUAGCUUACUUCCUGUUUGCGAUGGGCUGCAUUAUUUGCGGUAUCGCGCCCCAAUUAUGGCUUGUUAUUCUCGGCCGCAUCAUCAGCGGUGCAGGAGGUGCAGGUAUCAUGACAAUCAGCUCCGUGAUUAUUACGGAUAUCGUCCCCAGAAGAGAUAUUGCAAGCUGGAGAGCAUAUAUCAACAUCUCAAUGACCCUUGGGCGCUCAAUUGGAGGUCCUUUGGGCGGUUGGCUUAGUGAUACAAUUGGAUGGCGCUGGCUGUUCCUCAUCCAGGCUCCGUUUAUCGCUCUAGCCGCCUUCCUCGUCGUGAUAAAACUCCAGGUGGAUCAGGAUACAACUUACACUACCAAGGAUGGGAAAUCAAAGCUGGGACAAGUGGAUUUCCUAGGAACUGCUCUUCUGGGAUCGUCAAUCAUUGCCUUCACUGGUCUCAUGGAUCAGGGUGGGAAGAUGUUCCCAUGGCGGUCAUGGAUGACGGUCGUCUUAGCCGGCGGCGGAUUCCUUCUUCUCGUGGCGUUCGUCCUCGUAGAAGCAUAUGUUGCGGCAGAUCCCAUUUUCAAUUUACGGAUCCUACGGAGACCCAAUGUCGCCAACAGUUAUCUUUCCAGCACCCUUCAGAUAAUAGCACAGCUAGGAAUGCUGUUCUCCGUGCCACUUUACUUCCAGGUGACCCAGGGAGCAUCAACUACUGUGGCUGGUCUGCACAUGGUUCCAGCCGUCGUCGGAAACACGGUGGGAUCUCUGCUAGCAGGUGGAUUCAUUAGACGAACGGGCGCCUACAAGCCUUUACUGAUUUUGGCCGGUUUAAUUGCCUCAGUCAGCUACAUCUUGCUUUACAUUCGCUGGAAUGGCCACACCGGAUUCUGGGAGUCUUUUUAUAUUCUCCCCGGAGGUAUGGGUACUGGUAUUGCAGGCGCAUCUGCAUUCAUCUCCAUGGCCGCGAUGCUUCCACAGGAGGAAGUAGCUAUGGCAACAGCUGGAUACAUGCUACAGGUCAGCUUUGCAAUGACUGCCGGUGUGACCCUGUCCAAUUCAAUCCUUGGAUCGGAGUUCCAGCGUCAACUACGCCUCAAUCUUCAUGGUCCUGGUUCUGAAAAGGUGAUCAGACGCGCUAUGGAUGAUACGAACUAUAUUGCCCACCUCACGGGCCAAGUACGGGAGAUAGUGGUCGAAUGUUAUCUUUCCGGUCUUAAACAUACUUAUUGUGAGUUCUCAUAG